GCCGGACAGCCAGUAACCAUCCAGGAUGGCAUGGUAACAGGUACUAGUAAGAAUCUUUACUUUUUAGCACCCACAUGUAUACUUGCGCUUGUACAGAACCUUCACUAUAUUCAACCGUGAACUCUCGGUAAAUUACCUGAUUCUCUUAUUUCAUGUGCCCAACGAGAACCAUGAUCGUUCGGGCAUUGGGCAGCAUGUGCUCUCACUGCCCGCUUUGCACCCAGUGCCUUAUAUAUGUAUCAAUCCACUACUCCUGGUCAAUCACUGCGGCUGUCUCUCAGAAAGAAGUGACUUUGCUCAAAGGACAAUCACGUUCUCUCCUUCCCUCCUAUUCAUGUAUGCAUAACUUGGAUUCCACCCGAACCAGUUGCUUGAUCUUCAUUCACCGGGGCAUUCUCGCACUUGAAUCUUUUUCCCUGGACCAAUAACUCUGCCAUGGAGUCUAUAUUUCCUCCUCAGUGUCUGUUCUGCAGCCAGGGGACGAGUGGUUCCGAAACACUCGCCCCGUUGAUCGAACUUUCAUGCUGUAGUCAGUGCCGACUGUCGGCAUCCGCAAGUAACAUGCAACUCCAGCAAGAACUCGCUGCGCUUUUCGAGAGGAGUAUGACACUCAAAAUAUCAACACCCAUUGCCAGCGACCAAUCACUAUGCUCUGUUCCUGCUCCCCCCGACCCAGAGUUAUAUAGUAUCAGGAAGAACCCGGCCAGCACUAUGAACCUGCACCCCACAGCAAGUGACACUCUGAGGUAUCACAACAUUGAUCCAUCAACACUUUUGCCAAGACAAUGGAAGCUCUACGAAGGAGCAAUGCCAGAACAACGGUCACGCCUAAUCCAGAUGUGGCAAUUGUCACCGGAGCACCGAUACCACAGCGACCAGGGUAAGACCAAGGCUACCUGCAUGUCUGAUCCCUGGAGCACAUCGCAUGAGACUCGCACGGUUGAUGAUCUCGAUAUGUAUGAUUUAGACCAGGGCGUUGACCACAGCGUCAGCCAGUAUGCCGAGCCAUACAUGAUCAAUGGCUAUAGGGCCGUCGCUCAGAAUGACAAAGAACUCUCCAACAGAAGAGACGGGAGUGCAGCAAGCGAGCCCACGGCAGGAUCAACAUACAGGCUUGCAAAUGAUCCUGUUUAUCGCUCCCAGGGCCAGAGAUGGUGGGAGUAUGAGCAUUCGGCAUCACCCAAGUACUAUGAUUGAGAAUAUGUACCGACGAUUGCUCCCUGGGGGUGUGAAUCCAUCACAGCUACGGAUUAUUGCUCACAAUGUAUCGGAAACCCAACCACUGUCACGUCAAUAUGCCUGUGCACUCUGUAGGGGCUCCAAUAUUUUCGAAUGCGUAGUUGGGAGGCCAUGAAAAAAUGACAGCGCAGCAUAGAUAUAGAAUACCACAUAUAUCACAGGCCCAUAACACAAACUCACCGGGCAUGGUGUCUCUAUGGCAAUGUCAUGUUUAUAUAACCUGAGCUGUGUAUUGUUCAUACGAAAUUGAUGCAGACCAG